CCUCGACGUGGAAAUGAAUUCCUGAAAUUAAACGUUGUUCUUUGCCCAUCGUGUGCAGUCGCUCUCGCUCCCGUUAUUCGCCGUUCUGGGAUUCCCGCUGGCGGACUCUGGUGGCCAUCACCUUGAUAAUCCUUUGUGUGGGGUCCUGAAUGUGAAGUGCUGCCAACAGGAGCUACGGAUAGCCCGAUUAAACGGUUAACUAAACUGGUGCGCAAUAUUAGAGGCCUAAAAAUAGCGAAAAUAGCGAAAUUAGCUGAAAUGCCGUGUUUUUGUGCCUCUGUGUGUGCGUGAGUGUCUGCGAGUGAAGUGGAAAUUUAAAAAUAAAACAACGCUGGGACUCAAACGAAAUCCGUCUGCUUCGUAUUGGCCAACUGCCCAGAAAAACUCCAGGGACAACGGCAAAGGAUAACUGGUAGAGGAUAAGCAAGGACAGUGACUCGUCGCCUGUUGUGGGACAUGCUAGAAGCAGUUAUGGCAUCGGACAUCAACUGGGAUCCAGCUCUUUCCAAACUGAUCAGCACGCUGAAGGAGUCGGAGAAUCUGUCCAAUGACCAGGAAAUCGACUUCCUGAAGGCCCUGCUUGAGUCCAAGGAGCUGAACGCCCUGGUCAAUGUGCACACGAAGGUGGCCAAGGUGGGUCGGGAUGAUCGCCUGGCCCCCGUGCUCUCCACCUCCGCCCAGGUGUUGUACGAAGUCCUGGAGCAACUGUCCCAGCACUGUCACCUGAACGACGAUUGCAAGGAGGCCUUCCACCUGCUGCAGGACUCGCACCUGCAGCACCUUCUGUUCGCCCACGAUGCGAUUGCCCAGAAGGACUUCUACCCGCACCUGCCGGAGGCGCCUGUCGAAAUGGACGAGGACGAGGAGACCAUCAAGAUUGUGCAGCUCGUCAAGAGCAACGAGCCCCUGACAGGAGCACAGAGUGCGGAGCCAAUUGUUGGCGCCACCAUUAAAACGGACGAGGAGUCGGGCAAGAUAAUCAUCGCCAGAAUCAUGCACGGCGGCGCUGCAGAUCGCUCCGGACUGAUUCACGUCGGCGACGAGGUCAUCGAGGUCAACAACAUCAACGUGGAGGGCAAGACGCCGGGCGAUGUGCUCACCAUACUGCAAAACUCGGAGGGCACCAUCACCUUUAAGCUGGUUCCCGCGGACAACAAGGGCGCCCAGCGCGAGUCCAAGGUGCGGGUGAGGGCCCACUUUGACUACAAUCCGGAUGUGGAUCCCUACAUUCCGUGCAAGGAGGCGGGUCUGGCCUUCCAGCGCGGCGAUGUGCUGCACAUUGUGGCCCAGGACGAUGCCUACUGGUGGCAGGCGCGCAAGGAGCACGAGCGCUCGGCGAGAGCCGGCUUGAUACCCAGCCGGGCGCUGCAGGAGCGCCGCAUCCUCCACGAUCGUACACAGAAGAACGGCACCGAUCUGGACUCGAAGCCCGGAUCAUGCGCCUCACUAUGCACCACCCCACCUGGCUCCCCGCGCCUGCCUGCGAGUAGCAGCACCUCCUCCUGCCGCCAGCCCAAGACUAAAAAGAUCAUGUAUGAUUUGACAGAGAACGACGACUUCGAUCGCGAGCAGAUCGCCACGUACGAGGAGGUGGCCAAGUUGUAUCCACGUCCCGGAGUCUUCAGGCCCGUGGUGCUCAUCGGAGCUCCCGGCGUGGGCCGGAAUGAGCUGCGCCGACGGCUGAUAGCCCGGGAUCCCGAGAAGUUCCGCAGCCCGGUGCCGUACACCACCCGACCAAUGCGCACUGGCGAAGUGGCCGGACGAGAGUACAUCUUUGUGGCCCGCGAGAAAAUGGAAGCGGACAUCGAGGCUGGCAAAUUCGUGGAGCACGGCGAGUACAAGGGCCAAUUGUACGGAACGUCGGCGGAGAGUGUCAAGUCGAUUGUGAAUGCCGGAUGCGUAUGUGUGCUGAGUCCGCACUACCAGGCGAUCAAGACUCUGCGCACAGCCCAACUGAAGCCGUUCCUCAUCCAUGUGAAGCCACCAGAGUUGGACGUCCUGAAGGCCACACGAACGGAGGCGCGGGCCAAAUCCACCUUCGACGAGGCGAAUGCCAGGAGUUUUACGGACGAAGAGUUCGAGGAUAUGAUCAAGUCAGCGGAACGCAUCGAUUUCCUCUACGGACACUUCUUUGACGUAGAGCUUGUGAACGGAGAACUGGUCAACGCAUUCGAGCAGCUGGUCCAGAAUGUCCAGCGAUUGGAGAACGAGCCAGUGUGGGCACCAUCCAUGUGGGUGCAGUAGAUCGGUUGCCAAAUGUGGAUAAGCAUUUCAUGCAAUUUGUUGAAGAACACCAAAGUAUUUUUGCCAUACGAAUUUAGCAAUCUGCUAGAGAAACGGAGAAGAGACACUAUUUACCCGUAGGCGGUCCUGCUGGGCACUCCCGUCCGGCCUUAGUCCUUUUCACGACAUGUACCUUUUUUGCGUAACAGUGAAAACAAAGAAAUGAAUACAAUAAUUGACAGAAAGUGAAGGAAAUUUAAACUUAACCAGCAUCUAUCUUGCGAUUACGAGAACAAAAUUAACUUAUAAAACUUGUUGUACAAAAUUUAUUUGUGUUCAAAGAAUGACUAAAUUAUAAAUGUAUGUAUUACACGUUGUUGAAAUCAAAGUACAGAGUUAAUCCCCCCGUAAACCUAAUGCUAACCGUAUUGUAUCUCAGUUGUAUAUACACUCACUCACUAACUAGAGCAUAUAUGGAAUACAAUAUGCAAUUCUGUGUGACAUGUCUCAUUUCGAAAACUGAUUUCACCAAAACGUAGUGACAAAUUGUUGAAAACAAGUGAGAAACUAAUAAAAAAAAACUAUUUUAAAUGCG